AUGGUGGUGAGGACGGGGGAUGACGGCAACAGCGAUGUGGCCGGCAUGCGACCUGCAUUGGCGGUCGCCUUGGUGACGCGUCAUUGGGCGCGUCAGCCGUGGCGAAGCAGAGGUGGCAGCGGUGGAGGCGGUAGCAAUGUCGAGAGGAUCACUUUCAAGUGGGCUCAAGCAGGCUCAAGAGUGUUCAAGCGCCUUCAGGAGCUGCCAAAUUUUCAAACGGUCUCAAGCGGCUUGGCCGCGGGGGUGUUUUUGGUGAUGAAGACCGCUGAGGAAGGCGACGAAGACGGCAAUGGAAAGACGCAUGGUGUUCAGAGCUCGGAAAUGAGGGGCGCAUCCUCGAGGACAACCGAUUACGCGAUGAAGAACGCGACGAGGACGGGGAUGACUUCGUACAAGGCGCUGUUUAAAGUGUGUCGAACUCCCCAGGACUCAUUCCCUGUCCACAAUAUCGAGGUCUCGAGGAGUAGUCAGCUAAUGGCGAGAAUAUCCGACAGAUCAGCACUUCUAGCUGCCGCCAUGGGCGUCUUCACGCCGCUCACCGACCCACAGACCUGGUCAGAAGGGAAGAAAUAG